AUGCCUCUGACCGCACCCGACGAAACCUCGUUGCCCGACAUGCCCGUCAGCCGCUCCCUCAUCCCCUCGCUUCCACCCCUCCUCUACGGCACCGCGUGGAAGACGACAUUGACCAGCCCCCUCGUCCACCUCGCUCUCUCGUCCGGCUUCCGCGGCGUCGACACUGCCGCGCAGCUCAAGCACUACCGCGAGGACCUCGUCGGCCACGCCAUCGACACCCUCCAGGUCCAGGGCACCCUCACUCGCGAGGAACUCUGGAUCCAGACGAAAUUCACCCCGCCCUCGGGCCAGGACUGGAGCGGGCACGUCCCGUACACCAGGGACGACGAUGUGGCCACCAUGGUGCGCAAGAGCUUCGCCAGCAGCCUCCGAGCCCUCCAUCCUUGGUGGAAGGGCGACGUAUCCCUCGGGCUGGUCCCCCAGGGCGAGGGCGAGGGCGAAGGCAGUGCUCAGGGCAACGGCAGCGACAAGGACAAAGGCAAGGGCAAGGAGAGAGAACACCCCGAAGUCAGCGACGAGGCAGACGAGGCCAAAACCGAUGCCAGAGCGACAGCCGCUGACGCCCAACAAGCGGUGACGGCAGCGCCCGCGAUACCGACCACGUACCCCGCAGGGCAUCCUUACAUCGACUCGUACCUUCUUCAUUCACCGCUGGGCACGCUCGGCGAGACGCUGGAAGCCUGGACGACGAUGGAAUCCUUUGUCGAUGCCGGGCUGGUGCGCAGGAUCGGCUUCAGCAACAUCUAUGAUCCGACGAUUCUCAAUGCGCUUCUGACCUCGUCGCGCAUCCCCGCCUCGAUCCUCCAGAACCGGUGGCACCACACGACUGGCCACGACGUCUCGUUGCUGCCGCGCCUGUCGCCCAUCCUGUCGCCCAACGACUUUCCCCUCUCGCCCACCGGCCAGCGCGCCGAGGGCAUUGCCUACCAGACCUUCUGGACCCUGUCGGGCAACCCGCGCCUCCUCUCCUCGCCGGCCGUCGACGAGAUCGCGACAAGGCGACGCCUCACGCCCCAGCAGGUCGUCUACGCCUUUGUCAGGGCCGGCCUCGGCUUGCCCGGCCUCUCUACCACUGUGCUCUGUGGGAGCACAAACGAGCUGCACAUCAGGCAAGCCGUCGAGGCCGUGCAGGUCCACCUCGAUGAGCAGGAAACCGAUCAGCUGCGAAGGGAGGUCUACGGCGUCUAG